AUGAAGCACACUACCACUACCAACACCAACACCAACACCACCAUCACCGCCGCCACCGGCAAUCUCAGAUUCAGAACCAAAGAAAGGGACCGUGCCCACUUACCUGUGGAGACGCAGGGCGACGCCACGACGCUACCGCCGUACGACCCAAGGUACCGACCAGACGGAAUUUGGAAGCCAUGGACGGAAGCGGACACUCUGCUUGCUGAUCUUUGA